UGGACAAAUCUCCAGCAUGCCGGGGAGCCUCGACGUGGGAACCACACACACUGGUCCAGUUGUGGCUGGCCAUGCACUAAGUUCAUGUUCAUUACAGGCUGUCGUGGCACCGUUUACCAGCAAGCUGAGGGGUUGAUGUUGGCCUUGACUGAACUUUAUGAGGUAGAGUGUACGUGUACUGUGGCCGUACGAGAACACAGUGUAAAGGCAGAGAUAGUGCAGUGUGCGCAUAGCUGGGAUAGAAAAGGCCUAUAAUAUGAGAGGGAGAUAUGCCAGCCCAGGCAUUUGACAAGCUACUGGCUAGGAUUGUGGGCCAGACCCGGGCCGUCCUACCACAACCAAGUGAGGCUGAAUACUAACCAUGCUGCCAACCUUCUUUUGCUGCUGUUGAUUCAGUGAGGACUGUUCUCUAGUCUGGCUCGGUUGUAGUUGAAUCCACUCUUGAGGUUUGACAACCAGUUUCAUCCUUGUGUCUUUCACUGAUGUUUUAAGCCCAGGCACCUCCAUCUCAAACCCACCACAGUCUCAGCAAGUGAGGAUCAGGAGCCAACCAAUCUACCUGUGCUGUGCUGUUGUCAUUGGUAGCAGUAGUGUUUUUGGAUCUUGUCAACAUCUCAGUCUGCAACAAAGUCCACCAGCAUAAUAACUGACCAUCCGACGGGUCGCCUACUAGUUUUCAUCCAACACACCGGUUGUGUUCUCAAGCUAACUGUUUCCAUUUUAGCGUGGUUUGCCGUGUGUCAGACGUGCGGAUAUUCCACCGUUAUUUGGCUGAGCAACUGACCAUCAACUGAACAAGAAAAGUACAUCAGUGUAUGGUGUAAUUUUUGGUUUUCACCUUGGUUCCGAUCGUCAUGGAGGUCUUCUGGAAGAAGAUUGUCGAAAACGAAGAUCUUUUCACUGGGUUUGAAAAGAUGUCGAUGGACUACAGCAAGCAAAAGUGCCUGGUGUGCGGCGACAAGGCGAGCGGCCUUCACUACACCGUGGUGUCCUGUGAGAGUUGUAAGAGUUUCUUCGGUCGUAAGAUCAAGAGUAAAGCCAAGUUCACCUGCGAAGCUAACGGCAACUGUGUCAUGGAUCUGUACACCCGACGACACUGCCCUGCUUGCAGGUUAAAGAAAUGUCUGGAUGUCGGCAUGAAACCAGAAAGGGUGUGGGAUGAGAAGCGUCUGGAGACAAGAAAACCUCUGGAACGUAAGAAUAAGAAGAAGAACAAUCAGAUACCGCCACCUCCCCCUCCUCAGCAGCUAGCCCCGCCCGUCAGCACAUCGGUACCGACGCCUGAAUCAGCGCCGAUGCUUAGUAGAGAGCAGGAAGAAUUAAUAGACAGUCUGAAGAGGGCCAAGAUGGAUGCAUUGUACUCUAGUGCACCGGUUAAACCGACUGGAAGAUUUGAUGAGAUCCUUGGAAAAAUGAUGGAGACACUGACGGGGCAUGCUGGGCUUCCGCCAGGCAUGCCAGGUGGUAUGAUGGACAUGAGUAGUAUGAUGAAAUUCCCUGGUUUUUCUGGUAUGCCGCGCAAACCCAAUGGUGUGACCCCACAUGGACCUAUGGACUUGACUCAGUUAUGCCCAACGCCUGGCUUUAGUGGCUUUGACAUGAGCAGGUUAUCAGGCGAGAACUGCAAUAACUCAUCGUCCGAACACUCACACGAGUCGAGCUCAAAGACGAGUCAGCCACACCCAGAGGUGCAUAUCAAGCAAGAAGUGGUGGACUCAGGUUAUGAGAACAUGAGCGAUAAACACGGCCCGUCCUGUAUGGGUAACGUUGAACUCAAACCAGAGGGUAGGAUACCACCUACCGGUACUCCACCAACGGCAAACAAACCUUUUAUCACUCAAGAGAUGGUCAUCUAUAACAUGACACUACUGGGGGUAGUCAUCAGACAAACUGUCGCAUUCACCAAAGCUAUACCUGCCUUCAGGAAUCUGACAUACGAGGAUCAAGCCGUGCUUGUCAAGAACGCAAUCCUGGAAAUCCUCAUGAUAAGGUGCGCAGAGAACUACAUUCCGGAGCGCAAUGCCAUCAUUGAUGACAUCACAGGCAGCGAGUGGAGCAUUGAGGCCAUGUUGGCGUCGGGGUUUGCUACGUCAGCUCAACCGUCACUGAAGUUUGUACAAGCCCUGCACGGCAUGCAGUUGUCCAAGGAAGAGUUUGCGUUACUGCAAGCUAUCACGAUAAUAUCACCUGAUCGGCCGGACAUUGAGCACCACGAGGACGUUGAGAAGAUCCAACGGCCGAUGGUUGAGACCCUACAGAUGCUGACCAAGGUCACCCAUCCUGAAGACAAAGUCUUCUUUGCUAAGUUGAUCAUGAAGCUAACGGACGUCCGAGAUCUGGUCACAAGGCACAUCAAUGACCUCAUGCAGAUGAAGCUGCCUGAUACGCAGUUUGAGAACCUAUUUCCGCUCAUCACGGAAAUCUUCAAUGUCUGAUGACAGGCAAGGGGGCAGGAGAGGAGAAAUAUGCGCUCAGGAGAGAACAGAUCUGUGCCAAAAUGAACAGCGACACAAACAAUUGCACACGUAUUGGACAAAUCUUAAAUGUGUUUACUAAACUGGGCUGCGGAGUGAAUGGUCAACGUAUCAUAUCAGCCAAGGGACAUUGUUGAGGUGACGUACCUCAAACUGUACAGCAAAUGCAGUCUCUUGGAUAACUUAAACAAGCUUACCCAGUGUUCUUUAUUUAAGUGAUUAAACUGUUUUGUGUCUUAAGGUCGUAGAUUAAAGUGUAGUAGAGUAGCACACCGAGACAAGAAGCAGAUGCAACACAUUGGAGGCUUGGUGGAACUAAUGAAGAACUAGUCUGGACUACAGCAGAAUCUAGAAUGACCCAUGGACAGGGAUGAGAAAUGAGACCAUGAGGCGUCCAACGGUCGGUCUGUACCUUACCCACCCACACAUACUCUUUGUUGGAGAUUGUUGGAGUGAGGACAUGGUGGAAGGCACAGGAAGACCGUCAGGGUUUGCAUGUUGUCUUAGUUUCUCUGGCUAUCAGAGAAUGUUGAAAAUCUUUGCCCAAAUAACAGCAAGCAUAGUAGUCAAUCACAAGUCCAUCUCAAGUCAAGUCACAUGCUGAUCACAUGAACGGUGACGAAGGUAUUCCUUUGCUUUUGUUCACUCCCCUGGUUCUUAUGACUGAACCUGUGCAUUGACUUGUGACUGGACUUGUGAGGACUUGUGACCGGACUAUUGCUUGUUGAAAGCUAAGGUAUCUUGUUGGGGGGAGGGGGGGGGGGGGGGGGGGGGGGAUAAGAGGGACAAGUUAAGAUCUGAACUGGGGGAUGUUCAUGAGCUUCUGGCCCCUUUGGCACAAAAAUCAGAGCAAGAACAAGAAUGCCCAAGUUAGAAACAUUGUUCUAUCUUAGCAUUCAGAAUAGAUUGCCAUUGUUUGGAGAAUCGUGCCUAAUCGCAACCUAGGACACCAGAAUUUGCAAAAUGGACAUGCAGAAAAUGAACAAGAACUUGGAAUACAUCUCUUAUUAAGUCAAAUUCACGAUUGAAAUCAAUCCAAGAUUUCAAAUUGAGUGGAUAUCACUAAUCAUAAAAUUAAAACUACGCACGCAAGUGAUUUUUUAUUGCCAAGUCAGAAAUCUGGUGGGCUUGAGUUUUUUUUUUAAAGAAUAGAAAAAACUUGUUGCGAGGCAAAACAGAUUUUGUUGAAAUAGUGCUUCCUGAGCAGAUGCUGUGACAAUGUGCCAAAGGUUCAUUUUUGACAGUGUAAGAUAAGAAUUUAGGACGAGAUACGUCAUUGGAUGUGGACACCAUUCAGUAUGAAUUUGUAACAUUUGAUAAUUUAUGUUCCUUUUUGAUGUAAGAAUAUGGACUGCUGGAGUCUUGUUGUGUUGAGAUAAUGCCACUGCUAGCCUCAUUGCAUACAUGCGUGAUUCCCAUGGUAAUGUACAUAUGAUUUUUAUGUAAAAAGUUUUUUAUGAUAAUGUUGAUGAUUGCCUUAACUAUAUAAAUUUGAAAAUCCUGCUGGUUGUUUGAAUACCCCCAAAUCAAUGUAAACAUUGUCUUAUUUUUGACAGUUGUAAUUGCAAUGCAUUCAUCUUGUAUUUCUUUCAGUUUUAAUUAUUUACUAGUCUGGGUAAAAACAAAAUCUUGCAACCCAGUGAAAUUGGAAUUAUUACGUCACUCUUGAAAGCAUCUCACUUUUUUGAGUUCUUGAACAUGCUAGCGCCAAAAUGCAUCAAUUUGAACAAGGAAGCUUUGCUGCAGUUAGUAUUGAAGCCGAGCAUUCUUACGGUCCAAUCCUAUCCCAAAAAUCUACCUCAGAUGAAGAAAAUACUUGUGCUGAGCAGAAAUGUUUAAACAUGCUUAUAUAAAUUAGUCCGUCAUUCUUGAUUCCUUUUGUGCAUGGUGAGAAGUCAGGAUGCCAUGAUUGAAUGAAUUAAAUUGCUUAAGAUAAAGUUAUGCUUAGCAUGAAACAGGUCACCAGUUGAAAUUGCCAUGGGAUGUAAUAAGCAUGUAACUGGGUUUUGGGCGGAGUUAAUGCUAAUUGGAUUGAUUUUGUCUUAGCAUCCAUGUUGAAGUAGAGCCAGGCGAUUUACCAUUUAUUUAUGUGGACUUCUUGCAAAGAAAUAGCAAAAUGAACUGAUGACUAGGGUAGAAUCAAUGCAUUGAGGUCAUCAAGUGAAAAGUAAUGUAGUUAUGAUUUUUGAUCAAUUAUGAUUUUUUGAUCGUUAUUCUUCAAGUAAAAAUCCCUCCAUAUUGGACAAAAUUAACGCCUCAUACAUGUGGAUCUUAUAGCACAAGGUGUAAUUCUACACACAUAGUUUCUUCAGUGCAUAUAUUUCAGAUAUCCUUGGAGUUUGAUGUCUGUGCCGAAUCAAUUAAUUUUAACUUUAUAAUGUUGGUGUUUCUUUGUCAAAGCAUACAGCUCCUAGCGUAACAGAAUAGAAAUGUUUACAAUUGUAGUUAUGACGAUUUGACUCUGAAUGUCCCCUGAUACUUUCUUAUUUGUCCUUCCUGUUUCUAACCUGUCAUCUUUCCUUCUUUCACUUUUCUUUCUCUGAUCUCUGGCGCCGUUGCUUCCUGCACUGACUCACUUUGGAUAACCUCAGUCCUUGCCCUUGAAAAUCAGACAAGGUUCAUUUCUCGUGCUUUCUUGUGGCAAAUAUCGCUCUACCAAAUUACAGUGUCUUUCACCUUUGUCAUUUGAUUAUUUUGUAGAAUGCAGAACCCUCCUGUAUUUGACGUUUUGCUGAUUUAUAUUGUAGUCUGUUAAAAGGAAACGCCCAGUCUUAAAAACAGUUUGCUUUGUUGAAAGAACUUCAUCUGUGAAAGUGUUUAACUCCUAGUUUCUCCAGAGCUAACUUUGAAUAUAAUUUUUUUCCUGGAAUCUUUUUUUUUAAAUUGUUUUAAUUUAGUUCCUUACUCUGAUUUUGCAUGAGUGCUUAAAUGCCGCUGAUUUCUUAUCUCGUUGCAAAUUAGUAACUAUUCAGAUCAACGAUUCUUGAUUUUCAAGUUUGAAUGAGCAAGUGCUGAAUAUAAAGGAAAUCACAAGAGGGUUACGAAAGAGUUAAGCAGCUUGUCACAAUUUGGACAAAAGUUUGAAGUUGGCAUCACAUGUGGUUUCACUCCAGAAAUGUCCAGGUCUUGUGUAGUUCAUCAAUAUUUGAAGGAUAGCUACAAGUAAAGACCAUGCAAACAUACAGCAAGCUAAAACUCAUACAAAAAAUUAAAUGGGUGAAAUGUUGCAAGUUCAUUCCCCGUUAAAUUAAUAAGUAAGCACCAUCUAAAUGUCAAGAGUGGUAGUGUGGUGAUCAGUGAUCUGGCUCAUUUAGGAGAAGAAAUACAAACUAGUUGUGUCAACGUAUGCUUCUUGACCUUAAGAUAGCUGAGUUGUUUAACAUCAUAAAGUAGAUAAUAAUAAUUAUCAUCGUUUUUUUUUUAACUGCAUGUGGGUCCCAGAACAUCAACUAUUUGCCAAUUUUCGGAUACUAAAUGAGAGUAUAUGGUGUGAUAUUUAAUAGCACUAUUCCCUGUGGGUGAUACUGUGAAGCAGAGGAAUGCAUUCAAGUGUUUUCAAUGUAAACACGGUGUUCAUUUCUCCAGACAGGUCCAGCAGUAUUAUGCAGGUAAAUGCAAUGUGGUGUUCACAGUCUUUAUUGUUCCUUUGGUGGUAGAACUACAGUAACAUUGCUUCAGGGAAGUAAUCAUACAUGCACAAUUUGCUAUUAAAGUUGCAUAUCUGUGUAGGUAUGUAAUAUUUUAAUCUUGUCGUCAGAAAAUUGUGCCAAACUUUGGGCCUGUCACUGCCCAACUUGAUUCUAAGAUAAUUGAAAGAGAUGUAAAUUGGGAAUUAAAAAAACAUAAGUUGGUACACUGCUGCACUGAAAGAUCUGAAAUAUAAUGACUGUGACCAUUUGAAUAUAGUGGUAACCAUUAGCACAAUCAUGUUAUAGAAAUCAUUUGUAUGGCCAUUUCUUUAAAGGACAAAAUAUCAAACUUUGUGUUUUGUUGGAUUUCACAGAGAGAGAGAAAAAAUUCACUUUGAAUAAUUACUGUUGUUUCUUGAAGAAUGUUACAAACUGUUGUUUCUUGAUAAAUGUUUGUGAAUUGAAAUCAAAAUUGGAAAUUCAAACGUUUUGGGGAAAUGCAUUAUUUAGGGCUUCCAAACUGUUUUUUGAAAAAAAAGUGGCUUUUCAGAUUUCAUAUGACCAAAGUGUUACUUCAAAUCAUUCAAAAUGAUCAAAUAUUUGCUGGUGCAUCUUUGGCUGUGAAUUAAAUCCUGGCUGUUUAUUUGGGGAAGUGGGUGUUACACAUGAAGAACUGCAGACGUCAUAUAAUGUGACCCCACAAUUGGAUGAUCUCAAACCAAAAAAGGUGGAUAUUUACAAUUUCCUGCAGACUUCACAUCGGAGUGAAUUGGACCUGGAUUUUUCUCUUUAAGGAGUUUCUAAAGCAUACAAAAAUACCAGUCUUUUUUGUAGUCUACGUCUGAAUAUUCUACUGUAAAGCACUGGCCAUGCAAAACCAAGCUAUAAUAGACGGUAGAUUGGUGUGGUGGUUUACAUAAAAGUCCUAGUUCUCAGUUUUAGGACUUUUCUGUUGGAUGUUAAAAGGCAUUCAUGACCACUUUUUUGUACAUAAACUGGGGAACAUAAUGUAGAGAAGUUGUGGUUAUGCAUGCAUAGUUCAGUAUUAAAAAAAAAAAAAUGAAAAAAAACCAAAAAAAUUACAAACGUGCUUCUGUUUAAAGGAAAACCUUCUUAGUCACUGAUAACUGAAUGGUUAGUUUACCACGGUUUGAGGACUAAAGGCAUUCAAACAAAACUCCAUUUCUGUAUUGAGUUGACAACAUCCGUUGUAUAUUGUUCCGUGGACACAUCACCUACAUGUCAUUUGUAAGCAACUUGCAAGUAGUAUUAGCGACCUCCCCAUUCCUUGUACAUUAUGUACAUAGUGUUUAUCACAAUACUGUUACUGUGUGGAAUGUAUUGAGUUCUUCACCUCUGUAAGGGGGACAUUGUCACGUUCAUUCGCAGUUUUCUCUUCACUGAAUGAACUCUCAACGUAUUUGUUGCCUUUCUACAUUGUAUUUCAUUUGUCUUCACUCUGUUUACGUACGUGUCUUGCACUCAUGGAGUAUAUUAUCUCUAAUUGACUUCAUUAUUAAGAGUAUUAAUAAAUAAGCACCAAAUGGUCCAACGAUAUUUCUUCAAGAAAAA